GGUGAAAUAGAUAUGGCGACCGAGGGGGAUGUGGAGCUGGAGUUAGAGACCGAGACCAGUGGCCCAGAGCGACCUCCCGAGAAGCCACGGAAACAUGACAGCGGUGCGGCGGACUUGGAGCGGGUCACCGACUAUGCAGAGGAGAAGGAGAUCCAGAGUUCCAAUCUGGAGACGGCCAUGUCUGUGAUUGGAGACAGAAGGUCCCGGGAGCAGAAAGCAAAACAGGAGCGGGAGAAAGAACUGGCAAAAGUCACUAUCAAGAAGGAAGAUCUGGAACUGAUAAUGACUGAGAUGGAGAUAUCUCGAGCAGCAGCAGAACGCAGCUUGCGGGAACACAUGGGCAAUGUGGUAGAGGCGCUUAUUGCCCUAACCAACUGAUGCGUGCUUUCUUAGAUAUGCCUACUGGAUUAAUUUAUGGCAAUAAAUUUUUUUUUUGUC